AACUUAUAGGCCCAUUAACAACCCAUAUAUAUAUAUAUUUUGUGCGUCUAUGUUAAACGCUCUGUUGAAUCCUUUUCUCUUCCCUCUAAAAUCUAGAAACCCCAGAAAAGCAAAGAAGAAGUAAAACAUGGCCUCCGGCUCCGGCAAAGAUUCCUUCCGUACCCUAGGGUACAUGACCCGGAAGGACGCGGAAGUGAAGCUUCCACCGGCGACGCGGGUCAAAAACAAGACUCCAGCGCCGGUGCAAAUCUCCUCCGAGCAGCUUCUAAGGGAAGCUCGCGACACCCAAGAGCCUGAGAUCCGUCCUCCUAAUCAGAAAAUCGCCGAUUCGGAUGAGCUUUCCGACUAUAGACUCCGAAGUCGGAAGGAUUUUGAGGACCAGAUCAGUCGCGAUAAACGGAACAUCCAAGUAUGGGUCAGAUACGCGCAGUGGGAAGAGUCGCAGAUGGAUUUCGCGCGUGCUCGGAGCGUGUGGGAACGAGCAUUAGAAGGAGAAUACAGGAACCAUACGCUCUGGGUCAAGUACGCCGAGUUUGAGAUGAAGAACGAGUUUAUCAACAGUGCGAGGAACGUUUGGGAUCGUGCUGUGACGCUUCUCCCUCGAGUGGAUCAGCUUUGGUACAAGUAUGCUCACAUGGAGAAGAUGCUUGGGAAUAUCGCCGGAGCUAGACAGAUAUUCGAGCGGUGGAUGAAUUGCUCACCGGAUCAACAAGGUUGGCUCUGGUUUAUUGAAUUCGAACUUGAUUAUAAUGAGAUCGAACGUGCUAGAUCCAUAUACGAGAGAUUUGUUCUUUGCCAUCCUAAAGUUUCUGCUUAUAUCUCAUAUGCGAAGUUUGAGAUGACGCGUGGUGGUGUUGAGCUUGCUAGGAAGGUUUACGAACGCGCCGUGGAUAUGCUUGAAUACGAUGAAGAAGCUGAGGUUCUAUUUGUGGCAUUUGCUGAAUUUGAAGAACGAUUCAAGGAAGUAGAACGUGCUAGGGGUAUCUACAAAUAUGCUCUUGAUCGUGUUCCUAAAGGAAGAGAGGAUUUGUGCAAGAAGUUUGUGGCGUUUGAAAAACGGUUUGGGGAUAAGGAAGGGAUUGAGGAUUCCAUUGUUGGGAAGAGGAGAUUUCAGUAUGAAGAUGAAGUGAGGAAGAACCCUUUGAACUACGAUUCGUGGUUCGAUUACGUUAGGCUAGAAGAGACUAUUGGGAACAAAGAUAGGAUUAGAGAAAUCUAUGAGAGAGCUAUUGCUAAUGUUCCACCUGCAGAAGAGAAACGAUAUUGGCAAAGAUACAUAUAUCUUUGGAUUAAUUAUGCAUUGUAUGAAGAGAUUGAAACUGAAGAUGUGGAGCGUACACGAAAUGUUUACAGAGAAUGCCUCAAGCUUAUCCCCCACACCAAAUUUUCUUUUGCCAAAAUAUGGUUGCUCGCUGCACAAUAUGAAAUCAGGCAAUUGAAUCUCACGGGUGCACGGAAGAUAUUUGGAAAUGCAAUUGGGAAAGCUCCAAAAGAUAAGAUCUUCAAGAAAUACAUUGAGAUGGAACUCGAGUUGGGAAACAUAGAUAGAUGUAGAAAAUUAUACGAGCGGUAUCUUGAAUGGUCUCCUGAGAAUUGCUAUGCUUGGAGAAGCUAUGCUGAGCUUGAGAUGUCUCUUGCUGAAACAGAACGAGCUAGAGCUAUCUUUGAACUUGCAAUAUCUCAGCCUGCUCUAGACAUGCCUGAGCUGUUGUGGAAGACGUACAUUGAUUUUGAGAUAUCAGAAAGGGAAUUAGAGAGGACACGGGCUUUAUAUGAGCGACUCUUGGACCGUACAAAGCAUUGCAAGGUGUGGGUUAGCUUUGCAAAGUUUGAAGCUUGUGCUGCGGAAUACAAAGAAGACGAGGAAGAAGAAGAUGUUGUUGAACGCAAAAAAGACUGCAUCAGACGUUCCAGAGCGAUCUUCGAUAGAGCCAACACAUACUACAAAGACUCCACACCGGAGCUGAAAGAAGAGCGCGCUACGCUUUUGGAGGAGUGGCUUAACAUGGAGACGGGCUUUGGUAAGCUCGGGGAUGUUAGUAUCGUUCAAUCGAAGCUCCUGAAGAAGCUCAAGAAGAGAAAGCCAAUCAGCAGAGAAGACGGAUCUACAGAGUAUGAAGAAUAUAAUGAUUAUCUCUUCCCAGAAGAGUCACAGACGACGAAUCUUAAGAUUCUUGAAGCUGCUUAUAAAUGGAAGAAGCAGAAGGUUAUUGAAGCUGGGGAAUGCGCCUAUAGUGGUUAACAUAGUGUUAUGCAAUACUACAGCUGAUGUUGUCUCUUGUUGUGCAUAGACUGAAUUGAAUUGAUAUUAUGAUAAAAAAAAUUAUAUUUAAUUGUAU